AAAAAAAAUAAAAAAUAAAAAAUAAGGAAAGUGAAAGUGGACCAAUAAAAACAAUUUCAUUGAAAGUGAAAGUGGAAAUAUAGCCAAGUGUAUGGGAGAAAAGAAGAACUUCUCAAAAUCUGUUCAACUGUGGCAAAUGUUUUAAGUAAAAUCACUGACGUCAAUGCAUAGUAAUGCAGCAGCACGUUGAACGAAUUUAAAAAACAAAAUCUCAUUUACAAAUAUUUCAUUACGUGUGUCGUUCCCGGUUAUGAUAUACGAAACCAUUAAACAAAUAUGUCAAAUUAAUUAAACAACAACAAAAAAAAAAAAAAAAGAAUAUUUUUUUUCAAUGAUCAAUAUUUAAUAAACUGAAAAUUGUAUGAAGACAAAUUAACCAAUCGUAUUAAUUAACAUCUUACCGAAAUAGAAAUCUAUAUUAAAUAAAAGAAUUAUUUUUUAAGUAAAAAAUAAAGAAAAAAAAUUAGAGAAAAACUAUUUAAUAAUCGCAAAAAGUAAGACGUGUUUCCGUUAGUGAUUGUCUCCAAAGAAAGCGAUACCUUCAACGAUGUUCCUGGAUGCGGCUAAAGUUGCGAUUCUAGUUUUAAUCAAACAACAGCCAGUUCCAACGAUGAUGAUAAAAUGGCAACAAAAAUACAAAAACAGAAAAGAUUUAAAAUUGCAACAGGAAAAAGGCGACGAGGCAACAGCAACAACGACAACAGCGACAAUCACAAUUUCAAGCACAGUUCAGUCAAUAAACGAAUACAAAAUUUGCCAAGACGACGGAAUUAUGAAAACUGCAACAGCAGCAGCAGCAGCAAUUUUCUGGGGGAAAACGAAGAAAACAACAGUGCAGUUGAAUAUUUUAGAAAGUUGUGAAUAUGAAACUUUUAACAAUGGCAGUAAGAACACAUGUGCCGACAUAUGUUAUAAACCAUUGCAAGAGCAUCAGAAACAAGAAGGAAAAGAAGAAUUAACAUUAAGGCAAUGUUGUACAUUAGCGAAAGCAACACAAUGCAAAGAAAAAGCAAUAUCAAUAAAAUGGCGCCAACGUGCGACAACAACUGCAAUGACAUACACUAGCCCACCACUACCAAUACCGCCGUCAUCAUUACCAUUAUCAAACGGCAUUGAUUGCAGUGACAAUUCCCUAAAUAGCAGCAUUAGCAAUAUUAGUUGCCGCAGCAGCAGUAGUAGUAGUAGUAGCACUAAUAGUAGUAGUAAUACUAGUAAUAGUAGUAGUAGUAGUAGUAGUAAUAGUAUUAGUAUUAGUGGUAGCAGUUGCAGUAGAAGUAAUAGUAGCAACAGUAUUAAUACUAGUAGGAGUAGUAGUGACUAUAAUAGGAAUAGUAAUAGUCGUAACAGUAGCAGCAAUAGUUGUAUUAGUAGUAACAGCAAGAGCAACAGUGCCACUAACAAAGCAAUCGACACUAUGUUAACUUCAUUGAAAACUGCCACAAUAGCAACUCAAUCGGUGGGGAUUUCAACAGAACCAGAGUGGAAUAAAUUGAUGCCACUGAAGGCGUCUCUCACCACAAACAUGACCACAGCACUGUCAUACUCAAAACUGCCAGCAUAUUAUAUAAUGCUCUUUUGUUUACUUGCCGUACUAACUGCAGCGACAGCAACAGCAACAGCAACAGCAACACACUCAGUAUCCUUAUCAGCAUCAUUAAUGUCAAAACUUUUAGAAAGCCCCGAAGCACCGGCUGUAGCUGCUGUAUUAGCAUCAUCCUCAUCAUCAUCAUCAUCAUCGUCAUUGUCGUCAUUGUCGUCAUUUGCUUCCACUGCCAGACCAAUGUCAUUGUUAGCGGCCUCAUCCUUAUCUUUCUCCGGCCAAUGUGCUCUUUCUGAGUUUAGUUGUUCGAACGGACGUUGUGUACCACUCAGCAAAUACUGCAACAAUCUGAAUGACUGCGGAGAUGGAAGUGACGAGCCACGGUUCUGUACACGCUGUAAUCGAACUUAUUAUGGUGAUAUAGGGUUAACAUACUCUCUGGAAUUGCAUCGUCCUAAGCAGGACCGUUUACCGUACGUUUGCGUUCUAACAUUUACAGCAGCGGGCGGUCAACACGGUGACGUUGUACAGGUUACCUUGGAUAGCUUUACAAUUGGACGCUUUACAUCGUAUCUGCAGGAUGGCUGCCCAGAUGGUUAUAUGCAAAUAGCUGAAUCGGCUCGUACACCAAUCGGUGGCAUGUGGUGUGGUACUUCAUGGGGACCAGUGCUAUUCUACAGUGAAUCACGUUCACUGAUAUUUACAAUAAAAUUAAACAAAUUGGCUCGUGAUCAAAGCGGUUAUAAUUUUGAUUUUCGCAUAAGGUAUAAAGUUUUAUCACGUGAUAGUUCAGUAACUCGUUACGGUGGUAUUAAGCUGCAAGAAUUAGCGCAAUGGCACAAUCGUAGCAAUUUCUUGCAUCAAAAUUCAAUGGAGGAUUUUACGAAUACAAGCGGUGUGCAUUCCGAUCGUUAUGGACAAGAUUUUAGUUUAUUUAGUGCUUAUGCAAAUAAUCAAACCUUCAUGAACUCGUUGAGUAAACGAGUUGAGAAAGAUGACUACAAUUAUACCGAACCAAAAUAUUAUUUGGGCGACUUAAUACCGGGCACGUAUUGCUCACGUAUCUUUAGUGACUGCGAUAGGAAAGCAUGCCGUUUACAAUCGCCCAAUUAUCCGGGUAUAUAUCCAAGGAAUUUAACGUGUUAUUAUGCCGUUAGACAGCAUGAAGUUCCUCAUGGCAAGCAUGCCUAAAUUCUGGUGAAACAACCCAAAGGCAAUUUAGUCUGGAUAUCUACACAGGAUAUGACCACAAAAAAGAUUGCACCGCUUACCAUUAGUGAGAAAGAUAAAAAAUUCGAGCCGCGUUUAAAAACCUGGAAGGACUGCGAUCAUAUACAGGAUAUAUCUUCUUCUUCGCAUUAUAAAAGGAAAUCAACGGACUACGUGACAGUCUAUGAUGGGUAUACUACGCGUGAUCCGAUUAUAUUGAAAUUUUGUGGCGGCGGUCAGGCAGUACCCUCGGCUGUAUCCAGUGGCCCGGAAUUACUGGUAGAAUUCACUACAUCACCGUAUGGCACGUUUACGGGCAGUUCGUCGCAAGUCUUGCCUUUAUAUGGAUUUCAAUUGGAGGUUGAAGUAAUAUUUGUGGACAUACAAAGUCCAACAUAUACGAAAAACAAGAAACCCUGCGAAUUUUGGAUACGCGGUGCAGGACGUGGUAUCUUAGAGAAUCCAAAGCAUUCUUUAGCUCCAAACACCACUUGCUUAUAUCAUUUACAAGGCAUCGGUGUUUUUAAAACUUUCGAUCAUUUAAGUUUGUCGCGACGUACCAAUAGUCUAAUGCAUCAGCCGCAGUCGCGUUUUAAAGUUUGGAUUUCAAUGAUGAAAUUCAAUUUGGAUCCAGAAUUUGGACAAAUUGAUGAGACGUCCGUAGGAGCGAUAGGGGUAUUACAAACUCAGGAAGAUUGUAGCGGCAUGUUACGCAUAUGGGACGGUGCUCUAAGAGAGCCGCCACAAUGUAAAGACUUGAAUUGCGCCAGCGAUAUGCCACAAGUCCAUCCCUCACUGGCUCAAUAUAAUCCUCAUAAUAUAACAAAUGUUAUAGCAAGAUUUUGUCGUGGAACAAUACCGCGGACUUGCGAUCGCUCCAACAUCAACGAAACGUACGCCAGGCCAUGUACCGUAUCGGAAAGUUACGUUUCGAGCAGUGAUUCAAUAACUUUAGAAUUAAAAAACACCGAAUCGACGGUGCUUAGACCGUUAGAGUUCAAAUUGAAAUAUGAAUUCAUUGACCUACAUCAGGAUGGCCUACCGCUGGGUGGCGGCGAACAUGAUUGCAAUCGUAAAUUUAUUAGCAGCCUUAUGGACCGUAAAGAUCCCGCCAUCUUUCGUAGCGUGCGUAAUAUAUUUUUAUUUGGCCGCGGUGGCACACGCAACCUGAGGUGCAUAUACAAGUUUGAGGGAAUGCGUGGCGAACGCGUACGCAUUAAAUUACGCAAAGUAACCACAAUGAAUCGUCAGUGCAUGUCACGUGUCGAUGAGGACAUAAAUAGGUCAUUUUGUUAUGGCGAAACCAGCGCCAAAGUGGAGAUAUUUGAGAGACCGUAUCAUGAUUCAAUAUUAUUACCGCGUGGAUGUCUAUGUAAUUCGUCAAAUUCAUCACAUUUACCGGUUGAAUACACAUCAACCAGUCGCGAUGUUGAAGUUCAUUUUACAGCCUUUAAUAUGUCAACUUUAGAUGAUCCAGAUGCCUUAAAUUUUGAGGGUAUGUUCGAGUUCAUUAAAGGACCAACCAAUUGCAAAGAUGGUAGAAGAAAAUUCGGGCCUAGCGGCACCAUUGAUAUGACAUUCGGUGAUUUGGAAUGUCGUACUCGACCUUGGCUGAUUGAACCUUCGAAUGGCAAUAAGUUUUUAUAUGUACGCUUGAAGGCCAUAUUCUUACGUAAAUAUAAUCCGAAAAGGACAAUGAACACAACAGUUGUGGGGACAAGUUCAUAUCGUUGUGAAACGAAAUCAAGAGCCGUACUAACAACAGCUGAAGGUUUAACAAUCACUGCCUGUCCUUUGGCGCCUGACUCGAAAGCCUACGAAUUUGUAGAGAUAUUUAGUGCUGGCUGGAAUGAAAGACCAAAUUUUGCUUUAGUCAAUCGUUCAAAAGCCAUUAGUGUUGAAUUUUUGCGUCCGGCAAACGGUGAUUUCUCGUUCAAUUGGAUGGAAUUGAUACCUCGACCUACAAUAAGCUUAGCAGAAGACUGUCAAUACAAGUGCUCCGAGUUAAACGCUUGCGUUAAUGUUAGUGUUUGGUGUGAUGGCGUGGUGCACUGUCCCUCAGGCGAUGAUGAAACAUUUUUGCAAUGCUCGGCGAUUAUGAAAUUGCCGACAGAAAUAUUGGCCACCUUGUGUUUGAUUAUUGUACUCUUCUGUUGUGCAUUUGCAGCCUUCGCCUAUAAAAAAAUUAAACGAAAACUACGUGGCUCAACAAUGCUGCAAACGAGAUUAAAGUCUUUAAGUUCCAUGGAUACAGCUGUGCUGGACGAGAAGGAAGUGAUUUGCUGACAAAGCGAUAAUUCUGUGCGCUAUGUGGAAAUAGAUCGUGUCACUACAGUCUGACCGCUUACUAUUAACACCUUGAUAAUAUAUCGCACGGAAUUAUGCCGUUGGACUGUUUUCACAAUAAUACAGCAACACAAAGCAAACACACAACUAACACUACACUACUCAAUUCUACUAUUAAUUUUAAAAUAAUGUAAAGACGAAACGAAGAGAAGUGAAAAACCAAACUCACCUGUUUUUAAUGCAUUUUUUUAGAAAUUAAAUAUUUAAAAUUAUAUACAUAUAUAUAUAUAUAUAUAUCAAAU